AUGGAUCUCCAAGCUGUUGGAGAAGCUAGAAAAAUGCAGCUCAAUGAGCUGGAGGAGAGGAGGCUAUUCUCCUAUGAAAAUGCCAAGUUGUACAAAGAAAAAACUAAGCGGUGGCAUGACCAGAAAAUUCAUGAGCGAGUGUUUGAGAAAGGUCAGAAAGUUUUGCUGUUCAACUCGCGUUUGAAGCUGUUUCCUGGGAAGCUGAAGUCCCGCUGGUCUGGCCCAUUUACAGUGGUGGAAGUCUACCCUUUCGAAGUUGUUACAGUUCGUGAAGAUCAGUCCGGAAAGGAGUUUAAAGUGAAUGGGCAGAGGCUGAAACAUUACUGGGGUGGGGAGGUCGACAGAGAAAAGACCUCCAUCAGUUUAAAGGAUGCUUGA